AUGAGUACAAAAGGACAUUCAGUAAAACAAUUACAAAAUAUAUUUAACUGUGGAAAAACUCAGGUUUACGAUACUCUAAAAAAUCAAAAUAGAAUUAAAGAAGAAUGGUUAAAAGGAAACGGUAAAAUGAUAAAAUCAAUGAAGCAUAAUGCAAAUGAAAUUAGUAACAACGAAAUUUGGGAUUGGUUUGUAGCUGUACGAGCUAAAAAUAUUCCUGUUUCAGGACCAAUAAUACAAGAAAAGGUCCGUGAAAUUGCAGUACGACAUGGUAGUCAUUCAUUCAAAGCUUCCAACGGUUGGUUAUCUAGUUUUAAAAAUAGACAUAAUUUCGCGUGGAAUCAAGUUUGUGGUGAGUCGAAUGAUGUAAAUAUUGAUAGUGUAAAUGAGUGGAAAUCGAAAAUAUCUGAAUAG